AUGAAAUGGAGGACAGAAAUUGAGGUCGGCACGCGUGUUAAUUACCGGUGGCGGGACGGAAAAUACCACCCCGUCAAGGUUAUCGAACGCCGGAAGCUUUCUGACGAUGGAACAAACGAUUAUGAGUACUACGUUCACUACACAGAACGUGAAGUUAACCGUGGACUCGAUGAACGGGUUAAACUGGAACAACUGGAUCUCGAUUCUGUAGAAACGAAUGUGGAUGACAAGGUUGAGGACAAGGCAACUAGCUUGAAAAUGACACGGCAUCAGAAGCGUAAGAUUGACGAGACACAUGUGGAGCGUCAUGAAGAGCUUGAUGCGGCUAUCUUGCGAGAACACGAAGAAUUUACAAAAGUGAAAAUAUUGCCACCAAAGAGCUUGGUAGAUAUGAGAUCGAGACUUGGUAUUUUUCGCCCUUUCCUCCAGAAUACAAUGACUGUACCAUGCUGUUCUUCUGUGAAUUUGUCUGAGCUUCAUGAAGCGCAAAGAGCAACUGCAGAGGCACAUGGUGAGAUCCUGUCCUUGUUCCUUUCAUCUGUUUCCUUACACUGCGUGGUCCUUUAA